CCUGGUGGAGCAAGAAAUCAGUGGAGCUCUCACCACAAUACCGUACACUCGUCCAAGAACCUACAGAAGCUGAUACGGACAGGGAGUUAACAGUUGACACGAGUUCUCAACCGUCGUAUUCUUCUUUAUUCAUGUGCUACGUCAGAGAGUGUGUACCCAAGUUUGUUCAGUGCGCCCAGAAUUCAGCAACAGGAAAAGACUACACGGAGUGCAAGAAGAGACACGAAGUCUGCGGGAUGAUCUGCGGAACCAUGUCUGCGGAAGAGCCUCUCAUGUGA